GGAGCGUUUUUGGGCCAUUAGAGAAGAGCUGCAAGUGUUUCUGUCCCAGCAAAAUAGCGCAAAAGCAAAACAGUUCCUGGAAUUUCUGCAAAAUGCUGGGAAAAUGGAAGCUGUGGCAUGUUUGGCUGAUAUAACCUCCCAUCUCAAUGACCUAAAUCUCAAGCUACAGGGGAAGAAGAACACAGUGUGUGAGCUGAUGUCAGAAGUCCGUGCCUUCCAGAGGAAGCUGGAGCUUUUCAAAAGUGACAUACAGGAGGAACUGCUCCACUUCCCCAAACUUCUGGAACUGACCAAAGGAGAGGGAGAUCAUCAGUGCCAUUUGGAAUUCUUGGAAAAACUCAUUGCAAAUUUCAAGACUCGCUUUGAUGGCUUCAUUUUGGGAAAACAAGUCCUGCUGUUCAUUGAAAACCCAUUCCUGAUCAGAAAUGUGAGUGUGUUCUCUGCAGAAGCAAAACAAGUCUUCCCAUGGGCCAGAGCUGCUUCACUGCAGACUGAGCUCAUUGACCCCCAAGAAAGUGUCGCACUGAAAGAGGCUCAGUGUGACGCCAUCACCUUCUGGUCAAAGCUGGUCAUUCCUUCCAAGUUCCCUCUGCUGCAUAAGAUGGCCUGUCACAUCCUCACAAUGUUUGGCUCAACAUACAGCUGUGAGUCUGCCUUCUCUACAAUGAACAUUGUGAAGAACAAGUACAGCAGCAGACUGACCAAUGAACACCUGGAUCAGUGUCUCCGCCUGGCCAUCACACCUUUUGUGCCAAAGUUCAAAGUCUUGGCUUCAACCCCAAGAGCCCAAUUCUCCCAUUGAGCAGUUGUCUUUUACACAAUGGGGAUGUACUGUACCAUAGUUAUAUUUGCACAUGAAUGAGAUCUGUUGAAGUCAUUU